AUGUCUGUCGUUGCAGGUUGUCGCUUGCGUUGGCCCUCCACUGCUGAAGAGAUUGUGUCAAGGACUUCAGCAUUAAUCAAGUAUGCCCGUUCUAUGUAUGAUAAGGUGGCAGCAUCUGAAUCUACUUCUUUUGAGUCAGUUGUUUUGCCCAUGUCAUUAUUUGAAGCUGUCUAUUCCACGGAACGAAAUGCGUUAGACUUCCCACAGCACACACACCCUUCUUUGCAAAUGAGAGAUGCCAGCUGUGAUGCUACUCGCAAACUCUCCGAUGUAGAAGUGGAAUUAGAAAUGCGAAAGGAUGUAUUUGAAAAAUUUGUCUCAGUUCAAACAAAAAUGGAUUCAUCCUUCUCUGAUGAAUAUCGUCGUUAUGUAAAUAGGAAAGUUCAGUUGGGACGCAGAAAUGGUCUUCAUUUGGAUGAUAAUGCCAGAAAAGUGAUAGAAAGUUUGAGUAAGGAAGAAAGUCAAUUGUCUAUUGAUUUCAAUCGUAAUUUGAAUGAAGAAAAUACUUUUCUGGAGUUUACAGAUGAGGAAUUGACUGGAUGUCCCGCUGACUUCAUUGAGGGUUUAAAAAAGCUUCCAUCUGGCAAACGGGAAUUAACUCUCAAAUAUCCACACUUUUUCCCUACCAUGGAAAAAGCAACAAAUCCAGAGACAAGAAAGAAAUUAGAAAAUGCUUUCAACUCAAGGUGCAUUAAGGAGAAUACGCCGAUUUUAAAACGUUUGAUGGAACUACGUAAUGAACGUGCAACAAUCUUAGGCUUUCCUACACAUUCAGAUUUUAUGCUUGACUUACGUAUGGCUAAAACAGCAGCUAAUGUGGACAAAUUUCUAAAUAAUGUUGGUUCAAAGUUGGAGAACGCAAGACAGAAAGAAAGACAACGUAUGUUGGAGUUAAAGAAAGAAGAGUGUGAACGUUUAGGCUAUCCAUUUAAUAAUCGUAUUGAUCCAUGGGAUACGCGUUAUUAUAUGAAUAUGGUUAAAGAAAAAGAUUAUUCAGUUGAUGUAGAAGUCUUAAAGAAAUAUUUUCCCUUGACAACAAUAAAGUCUGGCAUCCUACGCCUCUAUCAACAUUUAUUAGGCCUGAAAUUUGAACGUGUUAACAAUCCUGAAGUAUGGCACGAAGAAGUAGAAAUGUAUUCAGUAAAGGAUUCUGAAACAGACAAUCUCUUAGGUUACUUUUACCUUGACUUACAUCCACGUGAAGGUAAAUACGGGCAUGCAGCUGUCUUCGAUUUACAACCGGGUUGUUGUAGACCAGUCGACUCACCAAAUAGUACUGCUGAAGGUGAAGGUGGUGGUCAGUUGCCAUUUGAACGUCAAGUUGCUAUAGCUGCAAUGGUGGCUAAUUUCACAGCACCUGACAAAAAAACUGGUGAAGGCUAUCUCCUGCAUGAUGAAGUAGAGACAUUCUUUCAUGAAUUUGGCCAUCUUAUGCAUCAUAUAUGUUCGUAUACAGAAACUGCUUUGUUUAGUGGGACAUCAGUGGAAACUGAUUUUGUUGAAUGUCCAUCACAAAUGUUAGAAAAUUGGGUAUGGAAUGCUGAUGGCUUGAAAGCAUUACUCGGGACUGAUGGUGAUCCAAUGCCUAAAGAUCUGUUGACCAAUUUAAUUAAUUCACGUAUAGCUAAUGCUGGCCUCUUUUAUUCUAGACAAAUUCUACUUGCAUCAUUUGAUCAAGCUAUUCAUACUACAAAAUGGAAAGAUGAUCCUUUGACGACGUUUAUUGGCUUAAGUAAAAAAUGGUUAGAUAUCGAACCUACACCAGGUACAUUUAUGCCUGCAUCAUUUGGACAUUUAGCCGGUGGAUAUGAUGCACGUUAUUAUGGUUACAUGUGGAGUGAAGUAUUCAGUGCUGAUAUGUUUGAAUCACGUUUUCGAUGUGCUGCAGACGGUGGUUGUUUAAGCCGUUCUGUUGGUAAAGAUUAUCGGGAGAAAAUUCUACGUCCUGGUGGUUCAAAAGAUGCAGUUGAUAUGUUGAAAGAUUUUCUUGGCCGUGAACCAAACGAUCGUGCUUUCUUCAGACUGCUGAAUAUUAAUGUGUAA